GCCGCGGAGCGCCGCGGCGUUGCCAGGGGAACCGCGCCGCCGUCUCUCGCCUCAGUCUCCGGUCGCACCAUGGGGUAGCACCAAGUGCGCGAGUCUUUGCGGUUAACAAGAAAUGGGUUGAAAUCCGUUAUGAUAUGGUGGUUAGGGCAUUGGCUGUGGAAUUGGAUCGCCUGCCUUUGUUCCUCCCUCUUAGGAGCUGUGGGAUUCGCGGGCCUCAGUUUCCCCGGCCCUCUCAGCGUCUUCACGAUGUCAGGCCGCGUCUUCCUUCUGAGGGCGUUUGCUCUUGCGACCCUGGCAUCCUGGCUGAUCGCAGGAGAGCGUGAGUUUGGCGCUGAGUGUCCUGCUGACCCCCUUCCAUGUGAGGAACUGUGUGAUGGGGACCACUCCUGUCCCCAGGGGCAUAAAUGCUGCAGCACCGGCUGUGGCCACACCUGCCGUGGAGACAUUGAGGGAGGACGAAGUGGUGUUUGUCCGAACAUUCUGGUGGGCCUGUGCAUCGUCAACUGCGUGGUGGAUGAGAACUGUCCAGCUGGGGAGAAGUGCUGCAAGUCAGGCUGUGGCCGCUUCUGUGUCCCAGGAGUGCUGCGACCGACCAUGAACCCCAACUGGACAGUCAGGUCUGAUUCUCAAUCAGGUCCUGCAGGUCCAAUCCCCACCAGACCCUCCAGGAGCAUGGCCCAUUCCUGUCCCUUCUGUUGGAAAAUCCAUAUGGGCAAGUGAAAGGAGCCCAAGCUGAAAGACCCCCAUUCUGACCCGAGGAUGCUGGAAAUGGCAGAGGACCAGGAGCAGGCCCCAUGCUAACUGCCUUCCGAACACUCUGGAACAGAAUAGCAGGAUAUGCCAAAUAACGAAUGCUAUUUUUGUUUUGGUGGUGGAGUUCCAGAGGACUCCAGUUAACCAUUCUUGUAACAUCAGCAACAUCAUAACAGGGGCCUCGCCCUUCCUUUUAAGAGAGAAAAAGUGAGGGCCGGCGCCGUGGCGCACUUGGUUAAUCCUCCACCUGCGGCACCGGCAUCCCACAUGGGCACGGGGUUCUAGUCCUGGUUGCUUCUCUUCCAGUCCAGCUCUCUGCUGUGGCCCGGGAGGGCAGUGGAGGAUGGCCCAGGUGCUUGGGUCCCUGCACCCGCAUGGGAGACCGGGAGGAAGCACCUGGCUCCUGGCUUCGGAUCAGCACAGCUCCGGCCAUUGUGGCCAAUUGGGGGGUGAACCAACAGAAGGAAGACCUUUCUCUCUAUCUCUCACUGUCUAUAACUGUACCUGUCAAAUAAAUAAAUAAAUAAUAAAAAGAGAGAAAAAGUGAAACCCAGAAAGGGUGAUGUUGUGAGUGAGUUGCUGGCAGCUUCUAGCCUUGGCAGGGCCUGUGCAGUGACCAAAUUCUUCCAUCCGUGUGGCCUUACGCUAACCUCACAAUACCCGAAGGCAUGCGUGUUCUCUUCCCCUUUCACAGGAGGAUCUUGAUUGUCACAGAGAGGUGCAGCACGAGGCCAAAGCCACACCAAGCGUGAAGGGCUCAGCCUGACUCCCUGCCCAGGGCACUGAAUCCGGAGGCUGGAAUAGCUCGUUCCCCGAUCUGAGCGUCCUGUUCUCGCCUUGGGCCAUGACGCCACCUCCUUGGGUUGCUCUGCAUUGAGAAUCUAUCAGGAGCACCCUGCCCCCGGCAGCACAAAGGUAGCCUCUGGGUGGGGGGAGAUUCAUGGAGGAGGCCUCCGUUAAGGCUAUUUUGACCUCGUGGGAACAGGUGGUCCUGCGGAGGUUAAGGAGGGACAGGAGCAUCCCUGAGACCCUGAGCCCCCUGAACCCAGGCCAGACCCCAGACUUACCAAUUGCUCCGGGAGCUAUGCCUCAGGGGUUAGCAGGGUAUUUUUUUUUUUUUUACUUUCUUGGCCUUGUUUCUGUAGGAGAAAAAUAUUUUCAAGUAUUACCUGGCAAAGUGUUAUUCUCAGAGAUAAGUUCGGCUCACCAUGACUGUCGCCACUGAAACCAGAGCAUGAAGCCGAGUUCUGUCACAGGGACGGUGGGACCUCAGUGAACCCAGUGACCACGAGGUUCAUGCUGACGCUCCUACGUUCCAGUGAGGAGCCUCAAAGGAUGUGAGGUUUAAUUACAGGGGCUUGUCUCCCCAGUGGAUGCCUGUUCACUACAGCUUACUGAGCGGUUACAUGGAUUGUCUAUUUCAGUCUCAACAUUACUGUUCCAGUCUUAAAGAUGACGAAGCUGAUGCUUAGAGAGAGGUCCUUGUGUGAGGGCACCCAGUUUCCAAGUGGCAGAGCUGGGAUUUGAUCCCAGGCACUCGGCUUCAGCCGUCCUACUUCACUGUUCUUCCCAGUGUUGUGUGUGCUGGGUUUUCCGUGCAGGGCGGGGAAGACAGCAGGGAAGGAUUCCAUUAAGAUUCCCUCAAGAAACUCCCAGGUGGAGCUUCCUGCUUCUUCCGAGGCCUUGCAAAGCAGGAAAAACCAGGGUCUCCCUUUUACUCAUGAGGAAGAGAUAAGAAAAGCUGUCUUAUUCAAGGUCGUAGAAAGACAGCUGCAAAACAGAAUUAGAAACCCGAUGUCUUCUCAGUCCCCCCAAAAUCCUCCCUCUGUCCUGGGGCUUCUCCCAAGAUUCCCUUGUGCUGAAUUUCCAGGGUGGGGGCCAACUGAUGGUGUCUGGAGAAAGGUGGGUGAGCAAAGAUGGAGAACACGUUUGGCUUUGGGGUUUUGGUGACAUUUGCAGCCCCAGAUACUGUGUCCCAGCUCCUGCAGUGAAGUGGGUUCUGGGACAGGGGCGGGCGGUGGAAGGAGGCGUUUGUGGGUGUGGUCAGCGAUUCACAGGUGUGGUCAUGCGGAGAGAAGCGCCUUGUAUUUUGGGAAUGGGGGAGUGCUCCUCCAAUCAGGACUCUCAGGGAAACUCUCCUUGGGGAAGAGAAGGAGAAUUAUUGGAUAUUUGGCAUCCUGGUCACCAACAUCAAAACGAAACAGAGAGGGAUUGACCCUAGUGGUUGCUAAGAGAUCUCCCGUCGGUCUCCCACCAGUGGCUCUAGGCUCGGGACUGGCAUCAGAAAUCCAUCCAUUACCUUCGGCGCUUUGGAGUUCUGUUCAGUGAGCAGACUAUCCCACAGAAGGCCGAGCAGCAUUGCAGCCCAUUCAGGCAGUCUUCCUGCAGCGUGCAGAAUCUGUUACAAUUCUCAGGUUCCGAUCUGCAGGGUGGAGGUUCCAAGAUGUACUCUGGAACGCAGAACAGGUAAGGGAAAGGCCCAAACAGGCUGGAGUAAUACUCAGAACUCAGAAAGCUCAAGGGGCUGCCAGGGAACCUGCGCCCUCGUCGCCUUUGUGUGGCCCUGGGGAGGCUGAACCAGGUUUCGUUCUUAGCUUUUGCCUCCUUCUGAGUUCUGAGCAGGAAAUCAGGGCGUGGAUAUUUGAUCAGAGUUUGGUGGAUCCGUGCAGCGUUAGUCAUUCAUAGUCCUUGCAGCUCAGAGGUCAAGGCCCCCUAGACCCUAAGUUGUACAGCCUUUCAUCAGCACAAUGGUGCAGUGUAUUCUAGGGUUAGUGGAACAAGGGCCACUUGUAUAGGAGGAGUGAGCCGAAGGUAAGUUUCGAUAAAGGAGAAAGAUCACACUGCAAGCUGAAAGUCCUGGAUCAGAGAGCUGGGACCCACUUCACUGGUGAGUUCUGGGAGUGACUUCUCUUGUGAUGCGAAAGUCAAGAUUUCAAAAUGAACUGGGAAGGUUCAGCUUCCUCCUCCCUGGCGCCUCCUGGUUAGGAGCCCAGAGCAUCAGGGCGUCCCCACCCACUAGUGUUAGAGAGGAAUGAGCAUCUCGACUCCCUGUUUCCGCCCCCACCUCCGAGGAUUUCUGUUCAAAUCUAAGACCCACCUGCACUGGGAGAUCCUACCCUAAAGCCCCAUCCCAGUCUCCUCUCUGUCCCUAAACUCUAAGGCGUUUUAAUGAUGAGCCCCAUCACUCCCUUCUGCAGGCCUUACGGGGCCCUAAUUUUUGUACCUCAACACUUGCCCUUUCUUUGCAGCCAAAGUCAUGGGUGGGGCAUUCUAUUGCCUAUCUGUUGGUUCAUUGCUCUGCAGGUAUUUGCAAUUAGAGGACAGUCUGACGGCUGGUGCUGUGGUGCAGUGGGUUAACGCCCUGGCCUGAAGCACCGGCAUCCCAUAUGGGCACCGGUUCGAGUCCCGGCUGCGCCACUUCCAAUCCAGCUCUCUGCUGUGGCCUGGGAAAGCAGUGGAGGAUGGUCCAACGGCUUGGGCUCCUGUACCCACGUGGGAGAUCAGCAAGAAGCUCCUGGGUCCUGACUUUGGAUUGGCCCAGCUCUGGCCAUUGUGACCAUCUGGGGAAUGAACCAGUGGAUGGAAGAUUCUCUCUCUCUCUCUCUCUCUCUCUCUCUCUCUGCCUUUUAAAUAAAUAAAUAAAUAUUUUAAAAAAGAGAAGAGAGUCUUUAGGCUGCGAUGAUGAUUUGAAAGGGAUGAGUAAAGACAAGCUUGGGUUUUAAUUGUAAUCACGCAAAUGACAUCAAAGAUGGGGUAAAAGAAGCUGAGGUCCAAGCUCUCGACAGUGUGGCAGAGACCAGCAACCAUCUGUGCUUCCUGGAGCAGUGUCAGAAACUGGGACUGUCCCUGCUUUGAAGAGUUGGGUGUUCAGCGGAACAGCACGGGAAGGGGACCACGAGCCAGGAAUCCCGGAGACGGCGCCCUUCUCAAGUUCUGUUUCCAUCUGCGUAUUUGGCGUCGGUCUCACUCACAGCAGUUACUGCUUUUAUUUAUUUAUUUAUUUAUUUGAGAGGUAGAGUUAUAGACAGUUAGAGGGAAGGACAGAGAGAGAGGUCUUCCAUCUGCUGGUUCACUCCUCAGUUGGCUGCAACAGCCGGAGCUGCGCCGAUCCGAAGCCAGGAGCUUCCUCCAGGUCUCCCACGUGGGUGCAGGGGCCCAAGCACUUGGGCCAUCCUCCACUGCUUUCCCAGGCCACAGCAGAGAGCUGGGUUGGAAGAGGAGCAGCCAGGACCGCAACCGGCGCCCAGAUGGGAUGCCAGCGCCGCAGUGCCAGCCCCGGUUACUGCUUUUUAAGGAGAGUCUCUUCGUGUCUCCUCAACUUGUACUCCUUGGUCCUCCACUGAACUCCGCUCUCACUCUCUCGCAGCUUGUUUAGCCCCUCUCUUUCCUACAAACCUGCUGCAUAGUUCCCGCGAAACUCCUGAAACGGGACCUCACCUCCUGGGCCCCUGAGCUAGCGCACAUAUCCCCUUUCCCAUGCUGUCCUGUGGAAGAGUGUGCCUGGUGAACGGGCGUUCUCGACUCAUUUGGUGGUGGUCAGGGCCGACACUGCUGCUCUUACUAGGCUGAGCUGGGCAGCGGUGGCCGCUGAGAUACACUCUGUGUCGGCCCGUUGGCAAUAGCCACUGUGAAUUGUUCAA